CGAGACUUGGUGACUCCAUUCUGGGCGCACUUCUCGCGAGGCUGCAGGCAGAGCCCGGCCCAACAUGGCGGAAGAGGAAGUGGCCAAGUUAGAGAAGCACUUGAUGCUUCUCCGACAAGAGUAUGUCAAGCUUCAGAAGAAAUUGGCAGAGACAGAGAAGAGAUGCACUCUUUUGGCCGCACAAGCAAACAAGGAAAGCAGCAGUGAGUCAUUCAUCAGCCGCUUGCUGACAAUAGUGGCUGACCUCUAUGAGCAGGAGCAGUACAGUGAUCUGAAGAUCAAGGUUGGGGGCAGGCACAUCAGUGCUCACAAGUUUGUCCUGGCAGCCAGGAGUGACAGUUGGAGUCUGGCCAACUUGUCUUCCACUGAGGAGCUGGACCUUUCAGAUGCUAAUCCUGAGGUGACAAUGACAAUGCUUCGCUGGAUCUAUACGGAUGAAUUGGAGUUCAGGGAGGAUGAUGUGUUCCUGACUGAAUUGAUGAAACUAGCAAAUCGGUUUCAACUACAGCUCCUUAGGGAGAGAUGUGAGAAGGGCGUUAUGUCUCUGGUGAAUGUUAGGAACUGCAUUCGCUUCUAUCAGACUGCGGAGGAACUAAAUGCCAGCACACUGAUGAACUACUGUGCAGAAAUUAUUGCAAGCCACUGGGAUGAUUUACGAAAGGAGGACUUCAGUAGCAUGAGUGCUCAGUUAUUAUACAAAAUGAUCAAAUCCAAGACAGAAUACCCAUUACAUAAAGCUAUCAAAGUGGAAAGAGAAGAUGUGGUCUUCCUUUAUCUGAUUGAAAUGGAUUCACAGCUCCCAGGGAAGCUGAACGAAGUGGAUCAUAACGGAGAUCUUGCAUUAGAUCUAGCACUUUCGCGACGACUAGAGAGUAUUGCCACCACGCUGGUUAGUCAUAAAGCGGAUGUAGACAUGGUAGACAAGAAUGGCUGGAGCUUGUUACAUAAAGGAAUCCAAAGAGGAGAUGUCUUCGCUUCUACUUUCCUUAUUAAGAAUGGGGCCCUUGUCAAUGCUGCUACAUUAGGGGCUCAGGAGACACCAUUACACCUUGUGGCAUUGUACACUUCAAAGAAACACUCAGCAGAGACGAUGUCUGAGAUGGCACAGAUUGCAGAGGCCCUUCUGCAAGCUGGUGCCAACCCCAACAUGCAGGACAGCAAGGGCAGGACCCCUUUACACUUGUCCAUCAUGGCCAGGAACGAAUAUGUGUUUAAUCAGCUGCUGCAGUGUAAACAAUUAGAUUUAGAACUGAAAGACCAUGAGGGCAGCACAGCUCUGUGGCUUGCUGUACAGUAUAUCACAGUGACUUCAGACCAGUCGGUAAACCCAUUUGAAGACCUCCUUGUGAUAAAUGGGACUUCAUUUGAUGAAAACAGCUUUGCAGCCAGACUCAUUCAAUGUGGCAGCAACACUGAUGCACCUGAUACAGUGACAGGAAAUUGUUUACUACAGCGGGCAGCUGGAGCAGGAAAUGAGGCAGCAGCUCUUUUCCUGGCAACCAAUGGUGCCCACGUCAACCACAAAAACAAGUGGGGAGAGACGUCAUUGCACACAGCUUGUCAGCAUGGCCUGGCCAAUCUCACGGCCGAGCUCCUGCAGCAAGGUGCCAACCCAAACUUGCAGACAGAAGAGGCUGUGUCUUUGUCAAAGGCAGCUGUGUCCCUGACCGGCUCCAUGGACAGUGUCUAUCUGCAGACGCCACUGCACAUGGCAAUUGCCUACAAUCAUCCAGAUGUGGUGUCCGUCAUUCUUGAGCAGAAAGCCAAUGCUCUUCAUGCUACCAACAACUUGCAAAUUAUCCCGGACUUUAGCCUCAAGGAUUCCCGAGACCAGACUGUGCUGGGCCUGGCAUUAUGGACUGGCAUGCACACGAUUGCAGCCCAGCUGCUGGGCUCCGGGGCUUCCAUCAAUGACACCAUGUCAGAUGGGCAGACUCUGCUGCACAUGGCCAUCCAGCGGCAAGACAGCAAGAGUGCACUGUUCCUCUUGGAGCAUCAAGCAGAUAUAAAUGUCAGCAGGACUCAGGAUGGGGAGACUGCCCUUCAGCUGGCCAUCAGAAAUCAGCUUCCACUUGUGGUUGAUGCCAUGUGCACCCGAGGAGCUGACAUGUCUGUUUCAGAUGAGAAAGGGGACCCCCCACUGUGGCUUGCAUUGGCAAAUAAUCUGGAAGACAUCGCAUCCACUCUGGUCAGACAUGGUUGUGAUGCCACAUGUUGGGGUCCAGGACCGAGCGGGUGCCUUCAAACACUCUUGCAUAGAGCCAUUGAUGAAAACAAUGAGUCCACUGCCUGCUUUCUUAUUCGCAGUGGCUGUGAUGUGAAUAGUCCCAGACAACCAGGUGCUGAUGGAGAAGGAGAGGAAGAGGCCAGGGAUGGGCAGACCCCUUUGCAUUUGGCAGCCUCGUGGGGGCUGGAAGAGACAGUGCAGUGUCUUCUGGAAUUUGGCGCCAAUGUAAAUGCACAGGAUGCAGAAGGAAGAACACCUGUCCAUGUGGCCAUCAGCAACCAACACAGUGUCAUCAUUCAGUUGUUGAUUUCUCACCCUGAUAUCCACUUGAAUGUACGGGACAGACAAGGACUGACCCCAUUUGCCUGUGCCAUGACUUAUAAGAACAAUAAGGCAGCCGAAGCCAUUCUAAAACGCGAGUCUGGGGCUGCUGAGCAGGUGGAUAACAAGGGCCGGAAUUUUCUUCAUGUGGCAGUUCAGAACUCUGAUAUUGAAAGUGUCCUGUUCCUAAUCAGUGUCCACGCUAAUGUGAAUUCCAGAGUCCAGGAUGCUUCCAAGUUAACCCCUUUGCACCUUGCUGUCCAAGCAGGCUCAGAGAUUAUUGUCCGCAAUUUGCUUCUUGCAGGAGCCAAGGUGAAUGAAUUAACCAAGCACCGUCAGACUGCCCUCCAUCUUGCUGCCCAGCAGGACCUGCCGACCAUCUGCUCAGUCCUUCUAGAGAAUGCAGUGGACUUUGCUGCUGUGGAUGAGAAUGGAAAUAAUGCCCUUCAUCUCGCUGUCAUGCAUGGUCGGCUCAACAACAUCCGGGUUCUCCUGACAGAGUGCACAGUAGACGCUGAAGCCUUUAAUCUGAGAGGCCAGUCACCACUGCACAUUUUGGGACAGUAUGGCAAAGAGAAUGCAGCAGCCAUCUUUGAUCUCUUUUUAGAGUGCAUGCCUGAGUAUCCUCUAGAUAAGCCAGAUACAGAAGGAAACACAGUGUUGCUCUUAGCAUACAUGAAAGGGAAUGCCAACUUGUGCCGUGCCAUUGUCCGAUCUGGGGCUCGCCUGGGAGUGAAUAAUAACCAAGGAGUCAACAUUUUCAAUUACCAGGUUGCCACCAAGCAACUUCUAUUUAGACUACUAGUCUUCUCUGUGUUACAGAUAUGCUGUCCAAGGAGCCUCCAUGGUGUGAUGGCUCCAACUGCUAUGAAUGCACUGCCAAAUUUGGAGUUACAACUCGCAAACAUCACUGUCGUCACUGCGGACGUCUUCUUUGCCAUAAAUGCUCGACCAAGGAGAUUCCUAUUAUAAAGUUUGAUCUGAACAAGCCUGUGCGAGUUUGCAACAUUUGCUUUGAUGUACUGACUCUGGGUGGGGUCUCUUAGUGAGUCCCCAAGAGCCUCCAGGCCACAUCCCCCAUCAUCUUCUCAGCAGCUGCUCUGCUCACCAGCCUGCGCCCCACCCAGAGCGGAGCUGGCAGUCUUUCUGCACCAAGAGACUGGACCAGUUAAGGACCAUGGUGUGAUCCCAUUUCAAAUGAUGCUGUGUGGUUGUGAGUGUCAGGCUGUGAUCAGUUUCAUUAAUGUCUCACUAACUGCAUCUGGACAUUUAGCUUAAGUGGUAAAUGUGAUAAGAGUUAGAUCCAUUCUGCUAGCAACAUACAAGGACAAUUUUAAACCAUUUUCCCUUCCAGUAGCUUAGUGUCCAUCUCAGAGCAUUCAUGCAGUCUUCCUGCUUGGGCUGACUCAGGAGGCAGAGCCUAACAGAGUCGAAAGCUGGCUGCCGGAUGGGAGCCAGCUUUACUCUAGGGUGAUUGGCUGUGGACUUUUCUGCGGUGUUUUCAUAAAUAGCAUCCUCUUGCCCUGAAGUUUUGUUUUGUUUUGUUUUGUUUUUUAGCUAAGGUGUAUUUUUAAUGAGCUAUCCCUUUUUAAAAGGUGAAAUCUUUCUAAACAGGGUUCAAAGAUGAGAGCUGAAAAAUCGUGGCCUUAACAACUGAAAGCUUUACCAGUGUUCAUGCUGCUGGGGUGUCAAGAGUGCAGGUUGGCAGCCUGGCACCUCCUAGCAGCUGUCUCAUUCUCUCGUCUUGCUGCGUCCUGUCUAUGGAGUCCUCAGUUACUCUGCCACUAUAGUGGUGGAGGAAAUGCACUUUUAUAUAGCUGCGUUACUGGUGAUUUCAAUUUAAAAAUCCAUAUUCAAAAAUACCCUUACUCAUCCUUGCAUCAGUGAUUCUAAUGUUCAGCUUUGGCUUAGCCCUACACUAGUGCUACACUAGUGCUGAGUGUAUCUUGGCCCAGAGAUUCAUACUGGCCAAGUAAUGAGAAGAGGGAUCAACAGGACUUCAACCCCAGAGGCAUCUCCAGCCUCGAGCUGCCAGGUCCUAUCUCUGCGAUACUCCUGCUUCUCUCGGAAACCUUCCCUGGUUAUGCUGUGAGUGCUGCUGGUCCCAGUUCUAUGUAGCUUUCCCUGUCCAUGAGGGCCAACAGCCAAAGGCCCCGGCCAAGAGUGUAUGACUGGUUUUGGAAGACUCUGGCUUGAACGUUGAACGAGGCCUCCUGAACUUACUGGGCCUUAGUCGCUGCUAGUACAUAUAUUAACCCUGAGGUAUUAAACUUUUCUUUUGAAAGUUUGGCCAGUUUUCAAAAUAUGCACGUUGAAAGAAACUUGUACCAUUGCUUUUUAAAACACCCAACUCUGAGAUGAACAAUAUGUACUAUAUAGUUAUACUCAGAGAUUAACGGUCUCAAUCAUGUGUACUGAUUUUCCAGACAUUUAAUAACCACUACAUUUUUUGCAUUAAUGAAAUAUGGAUAUAUGUGUAAAAGGGACUAAUUUUUUUACUGCAACAGCCUGUUUUCUUUUUUGAAUAAUGAUACGUCCUCUGUGUUGCUGUAGAUUUAUACAUUCUCUUGCCUAAAUGUGUAUAAAAUGUGCUGAUAAACCGGAGUGCUACCUUUUAAAGAUAUUUCUGUGAUUUAUAAGAUGUAUGCUAAUAUGAGUUUGUGCACAGUGUUUAAAGGAAGAAAAAUCAGAAGUGUUUCCUUGUCCCCCAGUCUGUGACAUGUUUCAUAUGGAAGUUUUCUAGAAAAACUCAACAAAGUCUUGGCAGACGACCAUGUGAAGCAUGUGGCCAGUUUGUUUUUUGUUACCUGAAAAGGGUCACAAAAAUGUAGGGCUUAGGUAGCUUAACUCUUUAAUCAGAAAAGAUAAUUAUGAUUCAGAGAUGAAUUGAGAUGGCCGGUACAAACAUUGUUCUUUCAAUGUUCACAGGGUAGGAUGGGGUUCAGUCAGGGAUGAGGCUGAUCUGCCCUUGCCCUGCCACACCCGUUUCAGUAAUAAUCUUGCCUGUUACUGCAUUGAAAAAUCUUAAGAUCAUGUUUAAAAUAUAUUGAUUCAAGCUUCUGUUUCUUCAGAGUCCAGGUAUAGCAAUGGUACUGCCCAGCCAUGGAUUGGGGAACAUUUUUUUGAGUUCUGCAUUGGUACAUGCAUGUAGACAAGGAAUGGGCAUCUUUCUGCAGUCUUCGGAGAUCUCCCUGGCCCCGCUGAUGCUCACAGGACUGUGCUCAGCAGGUUCCUUGAGGCGCAGCUUACCUGUAGGAGUCCAGCUUACACUGCCCUGGACCAGACACACUGUUUGCCCCUCUUGUGCUCCUCAUGCUGUCAAGACUUUACUACAAAACUGCCUAGGUGUUCUUACUGAAUUUAAAUCAGUGGCUUAAGUACUAGUCGCUUAAUUUUAUUCAUUCUGAAAGUUUCCAAUUAUGAAUGAGUAGAGCAAGAAGAAUAAACUUCACUGCAACAUAAUUUGCUGUAUCAGUCAACAUUGGUAAGCUGAAUUUGCUUUUUAACUGCCUCUUACUCAUCAUCAGACUUAGUGUAUUUUUUCUAAUAGAGGCACAAACCAUGUGCUAUAUAUAAAUCAAAUGGCUUAAGCUAAUCUACCAUGAUCCUCUAACACAGAGAUGCCCCACAAACUUAAGUGCCUACACUUAGGACUCUUUAGUUUCAAUUAUCUUUUUGGUGAUGUCUCACUGAAUGAUAUUAUUAGAACAUGUGUUUCAUUUGGAGUUUUGUGCCUGUGCAUUGUCAACCCCAAUUAGCAAUUUAGUUUGGGCUGGAUUAGACUGCUCAGUUCAUCUGGCACAUUCUCUCCAAGGAGUGGGUUCCAUGUGACGUUUAGUCCUCUACCUCAGAGUCCUGAGUCAUUUUGACCACCUGGAUCAACUUCCUUACUCUCUCCGCUGAAUGGGUCACCUGCAUGGAGCUCAGUGUGCAUGUGGUCUCGUCACUUCCUGAUUCAUGUUGCUCUUGUUGUAUCAAACCGUUUCUGCACUAAUCUGGUCCACAGGCAUAGGGCAGAGGGAAGGCUUGGGAAGGGCAAGAGCACUGUACUCCGUGUAGGUUUCCUUCACGUAGAGAAAAAGAACACUGCUGGACUAUAAUGCUUAGCCCUGAAAGGCAAGCCAACCACCCAGGUGACAGUGGCACACACAAGUAAAUGUACCCUUCUACCACAGACACUUGCGUCCCUUAGGACGAGCCCCAGAAGAACCACCUGUGGCACCAGAGCUCCCCCUCCAGCUGGGGAGAAGAGUGAGAAGAGAGGAAACAGCUUGCCAAAAGCAUUUGGAAGCCACACUUUCACUUUAUGAAAGCAAUUUAGUGAAGAGCUGAGUGUUUGAUCAAAUGCAAACUAAAUUCCCAGAAGUUACAGAUGCCUUAAAGACUUUCUGUGGAAGAUUGUCACUUGUAUAAAUUUUGUGUGGCACAAAUUAAUAUAUUAACCUGUAACAACUGAUGACAUUGGUUUUCUGUAGCUAGGGAGUCAUGAGACUGCUCAAGUUACUGACUUGCUUUUUGGGCAGCUAUGUGGAGUUGGCUGUUCUGUGACAUCCUUGUGGUACCAAGGGCAAGGGCAACUACAGUUGGGCAGAAACUGCAGGCACAUAUUUGGGUCAAUAAUCUAGGCUUCCAGACUAUUAAGGGUGGCGCUGUGUGGGAUGAUGGGACCGUGGUGUUUAUCAGCAUUAUUUCUUUGGAGUCUGUAAUGGAAUGUAUUUUUCAAAUACAUACUGAUAUUUGCAUUUUCUGUAACAGUUCAUUAAAUAAAAUGAGGUAAAGUUAUACAUUUAAAGUGGAAACUUUAAUAAGAUAUUUGUAGUUACUUCUGAUGCAGAAGUACCAAUAAACAUUAAAAACAAAAUUUUAAAAAAC